GGAGAUGGCCGGAGGACGCCUCGCGCAGGUGCCCGUGGCCUUUGAGGACGUGGCGGUCUACUUCUCGCCUGAGGAGUGGGCGGAGCUAGCGGAAUGGCAGAAGGAGCUUUACCAAGACGUAAUGGCGGAGAAUUUUGAGCUGGUCUCCUCGCUGGAAUGCCUGCUCUCCAUCCCUGAACUUCUUUCCCGACUGGCGCGAGGGGAGGCCGCGUGCACUGCAGCGACCCCACGCCCUUCAGGGAACAGCGACUGCUCAGUUGACGGGACGGUGAGUGAGAAGCAGGACGAGCAGAGGUCCGACGCUCAGGCGAGUUCUGGCGCUGGCUCCGACCCGCUGAGGAAGACACGCCCCCGCCAUCCCAGGACAGCGGGGAAGGGGCACAAGGGGCCCAUUUCGCAGGCCAGGCCGAGGCCGGCGGGGGCAGGCCAGGCUCCCCAGGACGGCGCCCAGAAGCCCCGGCCCCAGAAAAGGGAGAAGUCUUACAAGUGCCCCAAGUGCCAGCGGAGGUUCCUGGGCCGCGUUGCCUUGACCGCCCACCGGCGCCUGCACGUCCGGAAGUGGCCCCGGAUCUGCCCCCAGGGCGCGGGGCGCCCCUCCCACGCGCCGGACCUCGCGGUGCCCCAGGAGGGCCAGCUGGGCACUAGCGCCGGCCCCUUCCCCUGCAGCCAGGGCGAGGGGACGCUGCCCUUCUGGCCCGAGAUGGCGCUGCACCAGCAGGCCCCCCCGGCGCCCAGCUUCAACCCCUGGUCCCUGGGCUACGGGCUGCAGCCCCCCCUGCCCGGCCACCAGGCUCCGGGGCUGCACGGCAACGGGGAGUUCAUCUGCGACCAGUGCGGCUGGAGCUUCCACGGCUGGGAGGAGCUGGUCACCCACCAGAUGGCUCACAUGGCCGCCGAAGGCAUCGCCGGCUCCGUGCCCAAGGCGGGGGCCCUGGCCCAGCUGGCCGCCGACCGGCCGUACACCUGCAACCAGUGCGGCAAGAGCUUCCGGCACAAGCCCAACCUGCUGGCCCACCGGCAAGUGCACACGGGCGAGCGGCGCUACCAGUGCCAGGAGUGCGGCAAGUCCUUCGGCAGCAAGGCCUACCUGGCCUCCCACCAGCACAUCCACACCGGGGAGAAGCCCUACGUCUGCGGCCAGUGCGGCAAGAGCUUCCGGCACAAGCCCAACCUCAUCUCCCACCAGAAGAUCCACACGCGGGAGCCGCUGCCGCCCAGCCACCCGCUGGACGCCUUCCACGGCGGCGGGGAGGCCUUCCAGAGCCCGCGCCCCCUGGUGGACCCCCUGGGCCUGGAGGCCUUCCAGCCCCACCACCGGCCCCCGGCGGACGGCCGCCUGCCCUGCGCCCAGAGCGCCAGCCCCCUCCCUCCGCUGCCCGGCAUCCUGCCGGCCCCCCAGCCCCAGCUGGCCCUGGACCGGCCCUUCGUCUGCCCCGUCUGUGCCAAGCAGUUCCGCUGCAAGCCCUACCUGGUGGCCCACAUCCGCAUUCACACGGGCGAGAAGCCCUACGCCUGCAGCCGCUGCCCCAAGCGCUUCUCCCAGAAGUCCAACCUGGUGUCCCACGAGCGGCUGCACACGGGCGAGAAGCCCUACGCCUGCCCCCUCUGUCCCCGGGUCUUCAGCCAAGGCUCCAACAUGCGCGCCCACCAGCGCAGCCACCGGAACGUCACGCCGGCCGAGGCCGAGGGCUGCCUUCGCCAGGGCUACGUGGCCCGACAGACUCAGCAGCCCAGUGUCUGCACAGAAGCUAGAGCUGUGCGGGAGACUCCUGCCGCUAACAUCUCUUUCAUGGGCCUUGGCAUUUCUGUAGCUGUUCCAGCAGAACGGGGCUCCCCUCCAUUCGCCGUGGAGUUUUGCCUUGACAGAACUAAUGAUAUUGCUGUGGAUUGGAUGGUGUGGGGAAAGGACCCCCAAGGGCAACGGAUCCGGGAUGUCCUGCUCUUGGCCAAGAUCAAGGAGGAAAGUUCUCCCGAAGAAGAAGAGCUCAAGAGACCAAAUGGAGCCACCGAAAGGCAUGCGGGAAGAGAAGGCCCUUUCCAGCGGGCGAGAAGGAGAAGUCCUCUUCCCCGGUGGCACAAAGCGGCGAGGAACCGGCAGACGCUGGCAGGGCCUCCACUGGAGGAAGAGGUCCCUGGCAGACGGGGUUUGGGCGAGAACGGCAAGCAAGGGGAGGGCGUGGGGGCCGGCAGGGUGCAGGAAGAGGCGGCAGCGGCGGGCAAAGUGGCCCGGCCGUGGGUCUGCGCUGUGGAAGGGGGCUUCACGUGCCAGGAGUGCGGCAAGGGCUUUGCGUGGCGGUCCUCGCUGAACGUCCACAAGAGGGUCCACACGGGGGAGAAGCCCUUCACGUGCCGAACGUGCGGCCGGCGCUUCAGCCAGAAGCCCAACCUGCUGUGCCACCUGCGCAGCCACACGGGGGAGCGGCCCUUCCGGUGCUCCACGUGCGGCCGGCGCUUCCGGCAGAAGCAGCACCUGGCCAGGCACCAGCGGGCCCACGCCCGGCCCCGGCCCGGCCCCCACGCCUGCCCCGAGUGCCAGCGCAGCUUCGGCAACAGGGCCGUGCUGCGGCUCCACCGCCGGGCCCACACCCGCCGCCGCCAGCGGGUGUUCCACGAGCUCAAGAAGGCCUACAAGGAGACGGCAGCGCGGCAGCGGGAGGAGGCCCGGGCCGCCGGCCUGAGCUGGGUGGCGCGGCCCAAGGGGCGGAGGCGCGGGGUGAAGAAGUUCAUUUGCAGCGCGUGUGGCAAGGGCUUCACCUGGUGGUCGUCCCUCAGCAUCCACCAGCGCAUCCACACCGGGGAGAAGCCCUUCCCCUGCGCCGAGUGCGGGAAAAGCUUCACCCAGAAGCCCAACCUCCUGCGGCACCUCCGGUAUCACAGCGGCGAGAGGCCGCACGCCUGCCCCGAGUGCGGGAAAGGCUUCACCCAGAAGCAGCACCUGGUCAAGCACCAGCGCACGCACCUGGCGGAGAAGGGCUUCCAGUGCCACGCCUGCGGCCAGACCUUCCCCACCAAGGGGGCGCUCACGGGGCACCAGAGGUCUGGCCACGCUGGGGCGGAGACCCUGGCAGAGGAGCCGGGCUGCCUAUCCCUCGGCCGGCCGGAGGGCCUUGAGGCACUGGGGGACUCGAUGGCCGGCGGGCCGGACAUCUUCCAGCAGCCCGAUCUCUCGGACCAACCGAGCGACGUGGACGGGCAGCCGGUCCUGAUCGUGGAACCGGGCACCCGGCCGCUGGCCCUGUCCCAAACAAAGAAGGGGGUCUUCUGGAAGCCGGCGGUGCCCAGGCCCCCCGCCCCCGAGCAGAAGCAGUACAUCUGCAACGAGUGCGGGAAAGGCUUUGUCUCCUGGUCGGCUCUCACCAUCCACCAGCGGAUCCACACCGGCGAGCGGCCCUACCAGUGCGGCGAGUGUGGGAAGAGCUUCAGCCAGAAGCCCAACCUGGUGAGGCACCAGCGCUACCACACGGGGGAGAAGCCCUACCUCUGCGCGGAGUGCGGCAAGCGCUUUGUGCAGAAGCACCACCUCACCAAGCACCAGAGGGUGCACAAGGAGGGCCCUUCGCAAGGCGCAGCGCCGGUUGUCAAAGUAGAGGCCCGGUAGGGCCGGCCGGGGGCGGAUGUGGCUUGAGACACA